UUCUGUUCUAACAGUCCUUGUCGCCUGGCUGACCAACUUGUCAAAUCAAACACCAUCAGAGGGUGCACGCGCUUCAGCCUCUCUGAUGAAAAACACAAAGCAGAUAUAUGAAAGACUUCUUCACUGUGGAUUAGCAGUUUCUUUUACCAGGGAUACACGCUGAGAGAGGCAGAAUGGGUUGUAUGAAGUCCACGCUGGGUGAGGGUCUGAGCGGAGGUGUGGAAGGGGGGAAAAUCGAGCAGCUGUCUGUACGUACCGACCAAAUGCACUAUGUCAGAGACCCCACCUUCAAAUCAAAAAACGACAUAGGGAACACCCUCCUACCUGGUCAGGUGUUCCAAAAGAUGCAAGAGGAACAAGGGGCUGGUAAAAUAGUGAUCAGCCUUCACCCCUAUGACGCUGUGCAUCACGACGACUUAGGAUUCAAGAAGGGAGAAAAGAUGAAAAUCUUAGAGGAACGUGGUGAAUGGUGGAGAGCAAAGUCUCUGACAACAAACAAAGAGGGAUUCAUACCAUCCAACUACGUCGCCCAAGUUGACACCAUGGAAACAGAAGAGUGGUAUUUCAAGGACAUCACGAGGAAGGAUGCUGAGAGGCAGCUGUUGGCACCAGCAAACAAACCGGGCUAUUAUCUGAUCAGGGAAAGUGAAACAUCAAAAGGGAGUUAUUCAUUAUCCAUCAGGGACAUCGACCCCCAGGGGACAGAGUCAGUCAAACAUUAUAAGAUCAGGAUGCUGGAUAAUGGAGGCUACUACAUCUCUCCUAAAAUCUCUUUCAACGACAUCGGCAGCAUGAUAAAACACUACCACAACAAAUCGGACGGCCUGUGUCGUAAACUGGAGCGUCCAUGUGUUAAACCCAAAGCUCAGAAGCCGUGGGAUAAAGAUGCCUGGGAGAUUUCCAAAGACUCCAUUAAAAUGGUGAAAAAGCUGGGAGCGGGACAGUUUGGAGAAGUCUGGAUGGCGUACUACAACAACUCGACCAAAGUAGCAGUGAAGACCCUGAAGCCAGGCACCAUGACGGUCGAAGCCUUCUUGGAGGAAGCGAAUGUCAUGAAGACGUUGCAUCACGACAGACUGGUGCGGCUCUACGCUGUUGUCACCAAGACACCACCCAUCUACAUCAUCACUGAGUUCAUGGCAAAUGGGAGCCUUUUAGACUUCUUAAAGAGCGAAGCAGGAUGCAAACUGCAGCUACACAAGCUCAUCGAUUUCUCAGCGCAGAUAGCGGAGGGUAUGGCGUACAUAGAGAAGAAGAAUUAUAUUCACAGAGACCUGAGGGCCGCUAACGUCCUGGUAUCCGAGAGCCUGCUCUGUAAAAUAGCUGAUUUCGGCCUGGCGAGAGUCAUAAAGGACGACGAGUACUCGGCCAGAGAGGGAGCCAAAUUCCCUAUCAAGUGGACUGCCCCUGAGGCCAUCAACUACGGCACCUUCACCAUCAAAUCAGACAUGUGGUCCUUCGGAGUCCUGCUCUAUGAAAUCAUCACCUAUGGAAAAAACCCCUACCCAGGUAUGACUAAAGGAGAGGUGAUGUCCUCGGUGCAGCGCGGCUACAGGAUGCCCCAGCCUGACACCUGUCCCGUCGAGCUGUAUGAUAUCAUGAUGUCCUGCUGGAAACACAGACCAGAGGAAAGGCCCACCUUUGACUACUUGCAGAGUGUCCUGGAUGACUUCUAUACUGCCACAGAGGGACAGUAUCAGCAACAACCUUAGGAGGACAAAGCCAGAAAGACAUUUCACAUUCUCAUCCUUUAUAUGUUAUACUUUAGAUAUGUUAUUCAAUUUUUUUUCAUCUUUGUACUUUUUGUAUAUAUGACAUAUACUACAGUAUGUAUGCAUACAUUUUUCUUUUAAGACAAUAUAGCAUGAAGAAUUUAAGAAUUCUGUAAGAAUACAGGGUGAUUAUAGUUUGGCGUCUGAGUCUUGAUUUUAAUAUCUGAGUGAGAAGAGCUGUACAUUUCAAUAUUUUUGUGUGAGUGAAUGGACAUACGCAGACAUUCAAAGAGUUUACAAAGGUAGCAGAGGAUAUACUGUCAUGUCAGAGGAAAUAUUUAGCAAUGAUAUGUUCGCUUCAAAAUCAUAAUCAAGUUCUUUGUAUUUUAAUGGUCGUGUUGUUCUCCUAUGGCAAAUGUAAGCCCUUUUCAAGAAGAAAUGUUAAGUUUCUGUCCUCAUAUAAGCAUAAGAUCACAGUAAUGUAUUUUAUAUUUCACAACUUGUGUCUCAUGUCUCCUUUUUUUUAAUCCAGAUAAAGGUGGAUCACCUGUAAAUUCCACUUCAUAUUGAAGUGCUGCUCUUGCUUGCUUUAUUGUUUCAUGUGUUAAAUAUUGUAUGGAAGCUGUAUGGAUUUUAGUUUUCAUCCUAACAUAAUUUCAAAUAAUGGUCCUUUGAAAUAAAAUCCACAAUCUGGA